ACCGCAACGGUCCGAACCGGUCAGAGGAAGCGUUUUCACCGUCAAAGCCCGUUAAGAGCACCCCGACCACGGGAGAUAACGGCCGGAAUUUCUCCGGCCGUUUCGAUCGGGCGUCUUGGGGAAAAAAAUGGGGAGGGAGGCCGGCUGAGGCCGGUUAUGGCCGGAGAUGGGUGGAACUCGUUUGUUGCUGUUACAUAGCUAGUGCAUAGUCGACACCACUGCAUGGGUUGCUUUCUUCGACUUCAUUUGGAUGCAAGGGUGACGACAGGAGUAUAGGGUGAGUUUCUCUUAUCUUUUCGGCUGGUCAUGGUGAGGGUGCAUGAACUGUAUUUUGGUGUGUUUGGACUGACUUGCACGACAAUAGGCGUGCACCAGUGACGUUGAGGUUAGGGUUGGUGCUGGUGGUUAUCUUGCUUGAUAUUGUGAGCUUAGGAACAUACAAUAUACUGAUCCGAACCAUUAUUUUUUUGUCGAGAUCCCGCUGCCAGACACGAUGGCCAGGCCAGCAAGGUGACAGUCUCGUGGUCUCUUCAUGGCUUUUCAUGACAAAGAGAAAUCAGUCUGUCGGAUAUCAACCAUCCGGGGGAGUUGCUAGUUCGCGUAGACGGUCAAGAUGCGACCAGGGCGAGGCCGGAAUAGAUUCCGGCCAUGGUGUAUAUAGGCGAGCAAGUUGGCCAGUCUUAAGGACCAAAUCAACAGCUUCAAUCUCAACUUCAAACAUCUUCUCGACACUUCGAACCCUCAUAGAUUCGUGACCUCGAGACACAAUGGGUUCCCUAUCCAACCCCGUCACCCCCUUCAACGUCCUCACAGACGCCAAACCAGACGACACCUCCCUCCCAGCCUUCAUGGUGUCCACCACCCGCGGCUUCCUCCCCCGUGUCGACCCCAUCGUCACUCUACCCCCCGAGUUUGACCCCCUGGAGUCGAUCCUUCAGCGUAUGCCCGUCAAGACGGCCUCCGGUGAGCCUGGCCUCCUAGCCGAGGGCAAGCUGGGCAAUGUCGUCCUAUCCGAGCUCCCAGACUUGACCUCCCACAUCGACAAGUAUGCCCCCAACCUCCCCUUGAUGAACGCCCUGUAUCGAGACUACUCCUUCCUCUUGUCCGCCUUCCUCCUCGAACCCUGCCACCUCCGCUUCAUCAAAGGCGAACCUUACGGCCUAGCCCGUGAUGUCCUCCCAGCCAACAUUGCCCGCCCAAUCAAGCGCUGUGCCGAAUUAACAGGCUUCAAACCCUUCAUGGAAUACGCCGGCUCCUACGCCCUCUACAACUACCGCCUCGCCAACCCCCCCUCUGGCCUCUCCUACCCCAACCUCCGCCUCAUACGCGCGUUCGAGCACGGGCUCGACCCCUCCUCCUCCGAGGCAGGCUUCGUGCUCGUGCACAUCGCCAUGGUCUCCCACUCCCCUCUGCUAGUCUCAGGUUGUGUCAACGCUCUAUCGUCCGCUACCUCCCGCGACAGGAGCAGGUUCAACACCGCCCUUGGGGAGGAGAUGUUGACCGCGUUGCGCAACAUCAACAGGUCGAUGGAGACGAUGUGGCAAAAGUCCAAACCGGGGAGUUACACCUCGUUUCGGACCUUCAUCUUUGGGAUCACCUCGCAGAGCAUGUUUCCCGACGGGGUGCUGUACGAGGGGAUAGAGGAGUACAAAGGGGAGAGACAGAGUUUCAGGGGGGAGUCGGGGGCGAACGAUAGUAUGAUUCCACUGAUGGAUAGUUUGUUGAGUAUUCCGAUGCCGGAGACGCCGUUGACGGAGAUAUUGAAGGAUUUUAGGCAGUACAGGCCGUCGAAUCACCGGGAUUUUAUCAAGUAUGUAGCUGAGAGGCAGGAUGAGUUAGGUAUCAAGCGAUGGGCUUUGGGCGGGGAGGAGGAGGAGGAGGAGGGGAGGGAGACAAGGAGGCUUUGGUUGAGGCUGUUGGAUCAGGUGAGGGAGUUUAGGUGGCGGCAUUGGUGUUUUGCUAGGGAGUAUAUCCUCAAGCAGACUUCGCAUCCUACUGCAACGGGGGGGAGUCCGAUUGUGACUUGGUUGCCUAAUCAGUUGGGUGCUGUGUUGGCUGAGAUGGAGAAGAUUUAUGGGGAGGGUGGUGGGAGGGGGAAGCUGGGGGAGGAGAUCGAGGGGAUUAUGGACUUGGUGGGGAGGCAGAGGGAGAUGUUGGAGAAGGAGGUGAAGAAGUUUUGCGAGGAGAGGGGUGUUAACUAGGUAGAUAUGUGGCUCGGUAUGGCGUUUGUGAGUAAAUAAUGCAAAAUCGAGAUUUGUCUCCCCUUAACCAAUGCUAUGCUUUCUACUUCUCUCUUUCUA